AUGAAUAGAAACACUCAACAAGAUUUAUCUAUAGAAAAACUUGAUUCACUAAUCUAUCUCAAUUGUGUUGUUCAAGAAGUACUUCGUUAUUCUCUUUCAUUUACUAAAACCUAUCAUACACUAACAACUGAUGAUUAUUUAUCAACAAGUGGAACUAAUUUAUUCAAAGGUGAUCAAAUAUUUAUUCCAAUUUAUAAUCUAGCUGUUGACACUGAAUUAUGUUCAAUUGAUCCAAAUCAAUUUUAUUUCGAAAGAUUUUUAGAUCAAGAUCGACAACAUCAUUCAUAUGCACGGAUUCCAUUUAUUACUGGUCAUUGA